CUUAGAAUAGUGCAAUCGGCGGACCGAACCAUAGAAAAAGAGCCAGGCUCACUUAUGACGCCCAGUGCCGGUGGUGUCAAAGUUAUGGUACGCCGAAAGAAAAGAAGCGCAAUUUCGGACCUUACUGAAUCGCCGAAAACGAAGACGCCAGGUGACAAUAUGGCCAUCCGAUUCACACUAGAUUUGGAUAGGACAACAAGAGGAUUCGAAUUCAUCAAUUUGCUUAAAAAAUCACUGGACGAGGAGGAAGAAUUCAAGGACAUUCGCCAUCACCUCGACAAUGAAGCUGAGGAUCGUCUAUGUGAAUUUCUUGUUCACAAAACGCGCACAAUGCUGGAGGAGGUUUCUUUUUAA